AUUCCGCUUCCGGUGUUAUGGGUGAUAAGCACGUUUCGCAAACACCGGUGUGGUUGGUUCAAGGUUGUGUUGCACAAGACGAUUGUUGUAAUUUUAACAAGGCUUCAACAUGCAUCAUCUACUUGUGUGCUUAGCGUUAAUACCUUAAUUCGUGUGUGGUUGCUGCUUUCCGUGCCUUUGCCAAACCCCUGCGAAAAGACAUGACUGCGUUCUCAAAGCUCAAGGCGGCAGUAACCACACUAUUUACCAAGCACCUGUUUGUUACUAACGUCGUUCUCGGCACAGGCUUCAUGAUGGUCGGUGACACGAUGCAACAGAGCUACGAAAUCUACGCUGGAAAAGAGAAAGAACUUGACACGAAGAGAUCAAAGAAUAUGCUGAUUGUCGGCGGUACAUUCGGCGUUUGCGGUCACAAGUGGUACUCGUUUCUAGACCGCAAAUUCCCUGGGAAGACGCUAGGGAUGGUUGGACGCAAGCUGCUAUGCGAAUUCGCCAUCUGCCCUCCGCUUGCAUUCGUCCUUUUUGUCGGCGUGGGUCUUCUGAACAGCAAGCCCUUCCAGCACAGCGUCACUGAAUUCAAGAAAAACAUCGUCCUUUUUUGCAUCGCUGAUUGGGGCUGCUUCGUUCCAGCACAGGCUCUCAACUUUUUCUUCUUACCUCCACGCUACCGGUUCCUUUAUGUUUGUGGCCUCACAGUGGUCUACGACAUCUUCCUGUCAUUCAUCCUUCAUAGGGAUUCUCAUGAAGAGGAAGUCAAGAGUUGACGGCAUAAUGUCUUGAUCAACUCGGGCACUGUCCAUGUGGCAAUACAGCAUCUAUAGCAUGUAAAUAUAGCGAUAGUACAUACAGUUUUUAAGCUUAUUGUUAUUUCUUAGCAACUGUAGUUGUCACACCUUUUAUAUUUUUCUUCAGCGUGUGCUUAGUAAGCGCAAAUUGAUGUAACGAAUGGUCCAAAUCCAAAGUGGAGUGCAUAAAAAGUUAGUGUUGGAAACGGUUCAAAUCAAGCAAGGACCUAAUGGACAAAUAGGUGCGCGAUUGAGUGUUAGCGUUCGGUUGACGGCCAAUUUCCAUCGACGACGUACGCUUAUAAGCAGCUCGAGCUAACUGCUGUACCGUUAAAACGCUGUUCGUUGAUUGUGCUAGGAUGACAUCUGACGUUCGCUCUUAUUGCUGCAAAAUAUUUGCCGUAAAAAAGAAUCUAAUAAAAAAACAAUAAAAGGUGUGCUAAACGAACAA